AUGAAAUGUCUCCCAUCAAACAAACUCCUUCUCGCCCACGGAAACAUCCUCCACGACUGGCAUGCAGAAAUCGUCGCUAUCCGAGCUUUUAAUCGCUACCUACUGGAUGAAUGCAUCCUCAUAUCAACACCGCCCUACCCAAUUUCAGACAUUGUCCGACAGCGAGUACCCGAAGAAGCCACUCAAUGCACAUCCGAACAGCAACCAUUCACCAUCCGAGAAGACGUCACCCUCUACAUGUACUGUUCCGAAGCACCCUGCGGCGACGCCAGUAUGGAGCUCACCAUGGCAUUACAAGAAAAUGCUACGCCCUGGACUAGCGCACCACCCACCCUUUCCUCUUCAGCAGACCAAGAGCCAUCCGCCCUCCGAGGCCGUUCAAACUUCUCUCUCCUAGGCAUCGUUCGCGCGAAACCCUCACGCCCAGAUGCACCUCCUACACUCAGCAAGUCGUGCACAGAUAAACUAGCCGCAAAGCAAGCAACCUCCCUCUUAUCAUCAACGACUUCCCUCCUGAUCAGCCCGCGGAACGCGUACUUGGAAUCCCUAGUCCUACCAUCCUCUCAAUACGUACCGGAAGCUUGUACGCGAGCCUUCUCGUCCUCAGGCCGUCUUAGAAAUCUCACGCAGAUGCAGACUGGAAACUGGAAAGAAGGGUACCGUUUCCAACCCUUCAAUAUCCUGCCCACAGAGCGAGAAUUCACGUGGUCCCGCCGCGCGGUUUCUGCAGCUGAAAAAGCGGUGUCGAGCAAUCUUUCUGCUGUGUGGACCCCGAGUUGGCAGGAGACGCUUAUUGGAGGUGUGUUGCAGGGACGCAAACAGAUGGAUCCUAGAGGGGCGAGUAGGGUUUGUCGGAGGGGUAUGUGGAUGGAGGCUCUGCGUUUGGCUGGACUUGUUGGGGGCGCAGUGCUUGUACGUGAGACUCUUGGUAGGAAGACGUAUGAGCAGGUGAAGGGGACAGAGGUACUUGGAGAUAGGAAGCAAGUCAAAGACGAUGUGAGAGCGGCAUUGAAAGGGUGGAUAAGAAAUACAGGAGACGACGCCUGGUACCUCGAGGAACCACCUCAGACUUUACCAUAG